AUGGUAGUUCAUAUAUCUGAUUGUGGCACAUUAGCAACAUGUAAAUGUGGAAAAGUUAUUAGACUCAAGCGAGCAUAUGAUGAAUCUUAUAUUGAAAAUCAUAUUAAUAGUAGUGGUUGUAAUUUUCAAAAAGGAGUUGUUUCAAUUUUAAACUUUUUUUCAAUGGUACCAAAAGAGGAUAGACAACCUGUUAUAAA